AUGAGGCUGAGGCGGAAGGCGGACGCUGCGCUCACCUUGCUCCUGGGCACGGCGCUCUGUUUGCUCCUUUACUCGCAGAGGGAGCCAGGGACCCCCUCGGCCAGCCUGGCCAGCGCCCGGGAUGGGAUGGUCACCGUCCCAGCCCCGCCGCCCUUCCCCACGCGCCCUGGCUGGGGGCCAGAGGUGGCGCGCGCCUUCCCAGCAGCCGGGGCAGCGCUCCCUAUCUAUGAGGCGGAUACGCCGGAGCCUCCGACGCCCUCGGGGCCCUUUGACUUCCGGCGCUACCUGCAGGCCAAGGACAAGAGGCGCUUUCCGCUCCUGAUCAAUCAGCCGCAGAAGUGUAGGGGGCUGCGAGGCGGUCCGGGGCCGGACUUGCUUAUUGCGGUCAAGUCGGUGGCCGCUGACUUCGAGCGCAGGGAGGUUGUGCGCAAGACGUGGGGCGCCGAGGGCGACGUAAGCGGGGCGCGGGUGCGCCGGAUCUUCCUGCUGGGCAUGCCCCGGGGCGCGGCAGGGCUCGGGAUGCAGGCCCAGGAGAACUUGCUUCGGGCAGAGGGGCGCGCUUAUGGGGACAUUCUGCUUUGGGCCUUCGACGACACCUUCUUCAACUUGACCCUGAAGGAGAUCCACUUCCUGGACUGGGCGUCCACCUUCUGUCCCGAAGCACGCUUCGUAUUCAAGGGCGACGACGACGUCUUUGUGCACGUGGAGAACCUGUUGGAGUUCGUGGCGACGCGGGACCCGGCCCAGGACCUGCUGGCUGGGGACGUGAUCCUGCAGGCGCGGCCCAUCCGCGCUCGGGACAGCAAAUACUACAUCCCCGAGGGCGUGUACGGGCUGGGCGCUUAUCCGGCCUACGCGGGGGGCGGCGGCUUCGUGCUGUCCGGGGCCACGCUCCGAAGACUGGCGGCCGCCUGCGCCCAGGUGGAGCUCUUCCCCAUCGACGACGUCUUCCUGGGCAUGUGCCUGCAGCGCCUUCGCCUGCCGCCAGAGCCACACCAGGCCUUCCGCACUUUCGGCAUAGCGCGGCCCUCUGCAGCUCCGCACCUGCGCACCUUCGACCCCUGCUUCUACAGGGAGCUCGUGCUGGUGCACGGCCUGUCAGCCGCUGAUAUCUGGCUCAUGUGGCAGAUGCUGCACGCCGUGCCGGGGCCCGACUGCGCCCGUGUCCGUACUGCCCCGAAGCCCUUCCGCUGGGGCUCCUAG